UGUGUCAAUGGUGGCUCUUACGAGCAUGUCGCGUUGAUUCAUCGGGAUGGAAUGGUUUGGGUUGGGUGGGAGGAGUCUGUGCUGUGCGGUGAUGCAUCUUGUUUCGAACCCCGCCCCCUGUUGGAAUAUGCUGUAUCGGGUGGCAAAUGGCCCCGCUUGCUGUCGGUGCAGUGCUUGUGGUCGGUGCAUUUUCUUCCUGCGCAGUCGAGCAGAAAGGUUCAGAGCGAAAGCGCGCCCGUUCCUCCUGUGUCAAUACCCAUCCAUCAGUGCUUCUUCACCACUUGCCAACGGCCACGAUGGCAACAACCGAGAAGAAGGAGACGGUCAAAAUGUCAACGUUAAACGUGGACUACGGCAAAGGCACCGAUAUCGAGCUUGAAAGUGUCUUUCAACCCUCGAUCGCGACCGAAUACUCUGAUUGGAACCACUGGGACUUUUCAAAUGUCGAGCCCAAGGUCAAGCGCGUCUUCAUCGUGUCUUGCGUUCUGAUCUUGGCCUUUCUCCUUAUUGGCCUUCCCAUCCUUCUUGAUGCCUGCUCCGAGGUAGUGCCCUUUGAGUACAAUGCCGUCGUUGUGGACUACCGAGGUCACAUCGAAAGGAAGCCCGUUGGACCCGGCCGCAUUUUCCGCGCGGCGGGAUUCCGGAUUCAAAAAUACCCUCGGUUUGAUGUCUCAGUUGAGUACACCCAUGAGAACGGCAACCCGAUCUCCACCCGGGUGCAAGACGGCCAGGUCAUCUCGCUCGACAUAAGCUGGCAAUACUCGAUGAACAAGAAAGACCUUGUCGAGGUUUACCGCAUUCACAAAGCUGGCUUCGAAGGCACACUGUCCCAAGUCAUCUUUUCGACCUUACGUGAUGUAGCCGCCGGCUAUGCAAGCCAAACCUUUUUCGAGAAUCGCACCACCAUUGAGGCCGAGCUGCGCUCCGCCAUCACCGAGGAAGCGCGCGUGCGAGGUGCUACUGUAACCGGCUUUCAGGUGCGAUCCGUGAUCUUGCCCGCCGAGCUCGAUAAUCGCCUGAUUCAGAUUCAGAUGCGCAAUCAAGAGGCACGCGCUGGAACCGCACGCCUUGAAUUGGAGCGCAUCCGUGCCGAUUCGGCUGCCGAGAUCCUGGCGCUGCAAACGGCUCGUCGCAAACUCAAGACCGAGAUUGAGCAAACAACACGAAUCUUGGUGGUUCAGGUCAACCAGCAACGCGAUGCGAUUCUUGAGCAGACCCUGCAGCUCCUGACCCAGAUUAAUGAGGAAUCAGCGCGAAAUAUUUCCCUAUUCACCAAGGAGACGGAGUUACUGUUGGAGGAGUUUGACCUCAACACCACCGUCGCCUUGGAAGAAACCCGUCGUUUGGUUGAAGAGGUCACCGUGAGCCUGGCCACCAAUGUUAGCAUCUACAAGCAAGAAACGGAGAAUCUUCGCCUAGCCUAUGACAACGACAUUGCUCUCAUUGAGCAGGAAACGCGCCGCAAUGUUUCAGAAAUCGAGUCGGAGACCACCCGUAUCGAAGCCUCUUUCAUUGCUGAUCUUGCCUUUGAGCUCUCCGAGGCCCACAAGCUUUCUGCACUUCAGGAGCACGAAGCCACCUUGGCCGUUGCCAAUGCCCGCAACAAUGCCACAGAACGCGGCCUGCAGGGCCUGGCUGCUGAAGCUUUCAUGGCUCAGGAAGCGGCCCAGGCUUUGCUCGGCCAUAUCCGCUACAUGGACGUUCGCACACCCGACACCCUCAAGCUAGAUACAGUAUUGUGAGCUCGUGCGUCCUGAUCCCAAUUGGUCUUUUCAUACCAUCGUCCAUGGUCGAGCGCUGUGCGCUUGCUCGGUGUGACUUGUGGCUUAUUUUAUCGUGUUGUUUUGUUGUUGUCAAUCAUUGGAUUCUUCAAUUCAUCUUACCUGACUG